AGCUUCAUUAUUAGUGAUAUUGCGAGGCGCUACUCCAGCCUUCAAGACGUGAUACGGAAUCUCGUUCCGUCUGGUCGCCAUUUCUCACGCCAACCCCUUUUGAGCAAUGGCAGUGGCUCAGAUACCCUGGUUACACUGCGACUAGUCGCAAAGUUACAGCACUUGCUUUGGUCUGCAACGCACAACAGUUCGAACUUCGCUGACGACUUCAGCAGAACGACUACAGGCUAGUGCCCGAAUCCUAGCGAAAGCAGCAGCCCUAUGCUGUUGAAUAGUUGGCAUAGUGGAGUGCUGAACCUGGCACAGUCAUGAGUCGCCAGGGCUGCAAGUGGACUUGCCAGCACUGCACGUACGAGAACUGGCCAAAAGCGCUGCGUUGUGUCAUCUGCCAGAACCCUCGGCCCACACUAAUCGAAGAGGAAGCGUCCAGCGAGGAACGUGACAUUUACAAGAUCUCACCCAUAGUGUCCCCUGAUCCGGCCAACCCAUACCAGAAAUGGGCAUGCAGUCGGUGCACGUAUCUCAACUGGCCUCGGUCAAGCAAGUGCACCCAGUGUCUGCAAAUGCGAGGGUCGCCAAGUGUUGCGCCAGCCAGCCCACCAUCAGGCCAGCCACAGCAGGCCACAACGUCUACUGAAGUAGCACACGGCAGUACUGACCUACAUUGCAAGUGGACUUGCCAUGCCUGCACCUAUGAGAACUGGCCAAAGUCACGAAAGUGUGUUAUGUGCAAUGUGGCUCGUCUGAAAAGUGACUCGCCAGUCAGCAAUCGGACUCCUGAGCCUGAUGACCAGCGUAAUAACUCUGCUGGAGUUCCAUCCAUCUGUACUGGCGGUAGCAACCGUCUCACGGCAACAACUGAGAUUGAGGUACAAGUGUCUGCUGAUGAAAACCCACUCAGCAACAACUACCUGUGCAGCUUGCGGCGGCAGGCACGUGAAGUGGAUCGGCUCUGGUUAAAUGCCUGUCGGGCUGUUGUGGACGGAGAUCCUGAGCCCAUCAGUCGUUACCUUAGCUCGGGUGGAGACCCUGCACGGCAGCUGACUCAUGCCGAGGCAGGGCUGCUAGCUCGCACAGCCAGCUUUGACCCAGGCUUCACACUUGCGCACAUGGCCAUUCGCCAAGAGCGAGAAGACAUCCUGGCUCUGCUGCUAUCCAAUUCGGGCAUGACUCACCCUGUGGCUAAGCGUGUUCCAUCAGAUGUUGGACGAGAUGCUGCUGCUGACAUUCGGCGCCACAUUACUGCCUCCUUCAAGCAGAAAAAGGGACCCUUUUCUUGCUACUUUGUCACUGAAUUCGUCACCUUUGCAUUACCCACAGAAAUCAGAGAGUUUCAUCCAUCUGUGCAGAAGGUUCUGUUUGAUGAACUACUGGAUCAGGAUGUGCAAAAAGAGCUUGAGGAAGAUUCAGCCAUCAUCAACUGGAGCCUGGAGCUUACCGAGACCUUGGGCUCAAGGCUGUAUGCCCUCUGGAAUCGCAGUGCUGGCAACUGUCUUCUAGACUCUGCACUACAAGCCACCUGGGGUGUCUUUGAUCGGGACAACUCACUGCGUCAAGUUCUUGGAGACAGCUUGUGCGAGGCUGCCUCUGUGCUAUAUCCUCGGUGGCGAGAGGCGGAGGCCUUGCAGGCUCGGUUGCUGCAUUUCUCGCUGGACGAGGCGCAAUGGCAGGAGGACUGGACCACUCUAGUCUCCCUGGCUGCACAACCUGGAUCAGCACUGGAGCAGAUGCAUGUGUUCACUCUGGCCCAUGUGCUUCGACGCCCCAUUGUUGUGUAUGGGGUCAAGUAUGUCAAGAGCUUUCGUGGCGAGGCCCUUGGCUAUGCCCGCUUUGAAGGCAUCUACAUCCCACUGUUGUGGGAGCCAAGUUUCUGCUGGAAGUCCCCCAUUGCGCUUGGCUACACACGUGGCCAUUUCUCAGCCUUGGUGCCCAUGGAACCAGAGCCUGAAGUGAUUUGUGGUGCUGGAGCUAACACACGGGAUGACCUGCAGGUGGCCUUCCUUCCUCUGAUGACAGCGGACCGUCAGCUAUUGCCACUGCACUUCCUCACUCAGGGAGAGGUUGGUCGUGAGGAGGAAAUAAUCAAGCAGUGGCUUGACUGCUGUGUCACGGAGGGUGGCCUGCUUGUGGCCCAGCAGAAGGUGCCCCGGAGUCCCCACUUGGUGCUACAAAUGGUGGAUCAGUGGCUAGAGGCGUAUCGCAAGCUGUCGCCCCACCAUCGGCUCACCGAUUCUCAGAGUGGCUAUUCAAGUGAUGGUGAUUCUGACCAAGAGUAGUGCGUGCGAUUUGUCCAGGGUGGGACGUCACCCAGGGCAUUCCCAAGCAAAGCUGCUUCCACUGGCCUCCUAUGUCGCCCAACAUGAAGUUUAUCUGUAGAGGCCUGUGCUCACCCAUGGGCAGUGCUUGUCGGUAGUGGAAGGGCUGGCCAUGUCACAGAUGCAUAAAUCUGUUGCAAGACUCUGAAGCCAGUGACCAGCCAUUCUGUGAGUGCUGCAGUGAAUGGGCAGCAAGGUGUGACUUUCAUCAUCUUCUGUUUGAAAGUGCCAAUCACUUGGCCUUUGACACAUUUGUUGGUUUUUUUGUUUGGUUGUUUGUUUUUGUUUUUCCUUUUUUGCGUGUGGUGUGUGUGCGUGUGCAUGUGUUCGUGCGUGCUUUUGGUGUGUGCACUUAGCCAAAAAUACUGGGGUACAAGAGAGUUGAUAUUUAACACUGAAAUACAGAACCUGUUGUGCAAAACAGCAUGUGCAUACAUGAACAAUGGCGCCAGCACUCAGGGUUCUGCCAGCUGGUGGAACCCUGUCACAAGUUUUCCUUUUAUGCAUGAUUAGGUAAACGAACUGUGUGGCAUAAGACCGGCAUGUAGGUUAUUUGGAAGGGUUCAAAAGUUAGACUUCAUUAGUUUGAAACAGAAGUCAUGUCCCCGCUGGUAGACAUGCUAUUGUCCUACUCAUAGACUGUAGACAUGAACUGCGAUUUCUGAUCAUAGUAUGCAUUCUGUAGAAGCCUGCAUACAUCAAGGACAUUGGAAUACAACAGUAAUAACAAACACAUAGAAGCAGAGUUUAGGAACACACAUAAAUGCUGCUUAGCAGCUCACAAAAUGACAAGUAAAAUUUGUGAAUGCAUAAAAUGCAUCAUUUUGUUCACAUGCUUUACAAAUGUCUCUUUAGUGGGCUAAUACACAGUAGAUUGUAUCGGCGGCUUACUGCUCUCAAGUGAUAAUCAGCAGUUUCUUAUUGGAUGUGUCGGUACAAUGUUGGAACGCUUGUCCCAUCCAGCUUGUCCUAUCCUUUUCUACUCUUGUGUGUGCAUCUAUGCACUGGUUUUUCUGUUUAUUCAACAAUUUCUUGUGGACUUGGUAUGUUGACCAUUGGGUUCAUUAGUGAUCUAGACUACUGUGCAGCUUAUUAAUAUUUAAAUUGUUUCAACUGUGUCACUGUUGUCUCCUGUAGUUAGAACAACCACAGCUGCUUUCCUGGUUAUUGCCACGUUUUCAAAAUAGCUAAUAUCUCAAAAACUAUUGUGCACACGUGCUGCUUUUUGAAUUCAAGGCCACGUUACAUGGUGCACACUAGAUGGUAUUUGAAGCACACUACAUGAAUACCAAUCUCUGAACUCCUCCAAAGAGAGGGCAUGGCUCUCGGCUCCAACCAGGCUGAAGUAUUACAACAGGCUGUAGCAGUUUGGCCCACUGAGUGCACGUGACCCUUUAGCAGACUUUUGAAGCAAUCGGAUGUGUGCCUUCUGAAACAGCUGGACCAGUGGUUGCACCUGCCCCUGAGUGGUCAGGGUCCUUGCCGUCCCAUUUCCACCCUGCUCUGACCCCUCUUCCAACAUGUGAGCGCAGUCAAAUAAUGCAGGCCCUUAUAGGCACUUCAGUCAGUGCAGUUUAUGGUUUCACCAUUUCAGAGUAUACCUUUAUUUAUUAGCGAAGUUAAGAGUUGGACAAUGCAAUGGAUGGUAUCAGCUAAUGUGUAACGCACUAGGCAAACAAUAUAUAUACAUAUACAUAUAUAUAUGUGUAUAUGUACAUAUAUACUGAUGCAUCGUAACCUCCUCUUCAUUUCACAUUAUUGUGUGGUAAUUUCUUUUCUAGACUGGAAAAAGAUUGUGUGCUUGUGUGCUAUGUGUAUAAUGUAUAAAUGCAAUUUAGAUUUAUAUCAUAGUUGUAAUAUAUUACACAGUUAUAAAUAUAUUAUAAAUAUAUUGCACAUACUGGUUGUUUCAACCAUGACCAUCUCCAGUCAUUAGAUAUUUGGGGAUUCAGGACAAAAUUACUACAAAAGUCAUAGCUAUGGUGGACUUCAACAAAGCUGUGUAACAAUUGGCAGUAAUAUGGUAAAUUGACUAAAAAUUGUUAAUUUCCGAUUAAAUAAUUUAGUGCACAUGUAUUAAUUACAGAAUUGAAGCUGGUCAGUACUCUAGGCGUAUUUAACCAGUGGAAAUCCUGAGAAAGCGGUGCUGUUCUCAGAAUUACUACUUUUUUUAGCUCUGCCCAGCUUGAAUUUUGCAACUGCAACAUGCCUCCUAAAAUAGUUACUUAAAAAGUUGGUUAGUGAACUUUAGCUUAUUGGCCAUAGUUACUGGUAUCCACCACGAUUAAUCUUGUCCAGCAAAAAUUAUUUAUCUAAAGUCACUAAUUUUUAAUAGUUAGGUGCGACUGUCAUGGAAACACCCGGUGCAUGAAUGAAAUACAGAGGUAGCCAGAGCACCCAACCUUUGUGCCUCCCUUGAUGUGUGAUGUUUGGAAACAGCAUUGUUAUGGUUUUUGUUUCUGUUGAGUAUUGUGUGCUGCAGUCAUAACAUGAGCAGAGGUUGCUGGCACUGGGUGUCUGAUGUGAUUCGGUUUUUAUUUGAAGUUUCAUUUUUGUAGUUGUUUCAGAGUGGUUGCUGUGUUUUAGGCUGUGAAUUGCUGUUUUCUUAUUUGUGCUAAUAACAUAAAGUGUUGAUUCAGCACUCCGAGUACAAGCUCCAUUUUUUAGAAGCAAGACAGGUUGAAAUGCAUUGGUAACAGCAUUCAUAUAUAUGCAGCAUAGAUGUUAGUCUAGCUGUAUAUUGACAGGAAUCUAGGUUUUCACUGGCCAAAUAAAAUCUUUAACAUA